AUGGGACAGUGGUUUUUCCCUUUCCUAUACAUUUGCUGGAGCAGUAUCGGACUACUGCUACAUAGCCAAGACGGCCAAGGAGCCAGCCUGGCAUCGGAAACUCCGUCGGUCUCGAACGAGGGCCCGGACAACUUGCCGUAUAGCAGCGACAAGACCAACUGCACUGCCGCCAGGACAAGUGCACAAGGCAAUCUCCAUUUUGGGGAACCACCAUUCUGGAUCGGCUGCAGCCAGAGCAGCAUCAAGAGUCUGCCCGUUUGCAGACCAGAUGGCGAACAGGUCUCAAGGACCAUGGAAUGGACCGGCAUGGCAAUGCCGGUCGUGCCGGCAGUCCGUAAAGGCGACUGCAAAUUUCUGUCCGACUUGCGGAGCUUCAUGGGAAACAGGGCAGGGUUCCUACUAUCAGUCGUAUACGACUUGGACACCGCCACCCCCAUGGAAGGAGGAGCGCGCACACCCCAGGGCACGUUCAUCGCCCAGAAGAACACAGACGCCGACGCCUCGGUUCCAAAUACCGCGGCGAUACCAGCACCGCCUGCUCAGCCACACAUUGGGACGCCGAAGCCCGACAAAGCCCCAGAGCCACAGCCGGAGGAGAAGAAGUUGAUAGAGCAGCUACUGAAACAUGUCGAUGUCAUGCAGCUGCCACAGCAUCUACAGGAACAAGUUGGUGCCCUCACCGAACAGGACUUGCAACAUCAUGGCAAGCGUCUCCACAAACUCGUCGCGGCCAAAACCGCGGCAUUGAAAGGACUGCGCAAAAUACGCUCCGAGAUGGGAGCCUACCACUCGGCGUGGGAAGGCUACACAACGGAGCUCCUCACCAUGUGGCAAAAGCAGACGGCCGAGCGAGAAAAGAAGAUGGAGGAGUUCUACGAGGCGGAGCAGAGCUGGGUGGCUCAGUUGAAAGGUGCCACGCAGGCACUUCAGAUGGCCACUCAGGCGUCAGACGCCAAGCUCACGGAGGAACAAGCUAUGGACAUCUCCGAGGCGCAAGUGGACGAUGCCCUGGAGGAGGAGCAAGAGCUUCGAGCCAGACAACAGCAACAGAAGCAAGCCACGGAAGCGCAGGCUAUGCAGAUAGCCACUAUGCUGGAAGCAGUCAAGAGAUCGGCUGCGACAUCGGCCACCGAACUUCGCGACAGCUCCAGGACCCCAAGACGCAAGCCGCCGCCCACAACAGCCCCGUCGCAGGGGGCCCCAGCUACGGCAGGCGAGCCCAUAGCUGGUGGAAAGCCUUUUUAA